CUCUCUCUCUCUCUCUCUCUCUCUCUCUCUUUAUGGCUUCUCAAAACAGCUUCUGCAUGAAGCAGUUUUUAGUGCUUCUCUCUUUGUUUCAUGUGUCAAAUGCAGUAGUAGUCUACAAUGUACAAAACUACGGGGCGCGGCCCGACGGAAGGACGGACUCGGCCCGGCCCUUCCAUCGGGCAUGGGCCGACGCGUGCGGCUCGUCACGGCCCGCGACGGUCCACGUCCCCACCGGGAACUACUUACUGGGCUUGGCGACCUUCUCCGGCCCUUGCGAGAACACGGCGGUCGAGUUUUGGGUCGAGGGGACCAUCGUCGCGCCGUCGGGCUACACCGGAUUGGGUUCGUCAGGCCACUGGAUCACUUUUAGUAACGUCGACGGCCUUUUGAUCUCCGGCGGGACCCUCGACGGUCGAGGGGCGGCUUUGUGGCGGUGUAAACACGCCGGCAACAAUUGCCCGACUGGCGCCGCGUCACUGACGAUCAGCGAUUCGAGGAACGUGAAGAUCAACGGGCUGACGUCGAUGAACAGCGAGCUGUUCCACGUGGUGAUCUUGGGGUGCACCGGCGUGUCGGUGCGGGGAAUCGACAUCGUGGCGCCGGGGAACAGCCCCAACACGGACGGCAUACACGUGCAAAAGUCGACCGGGGUGACGAUCGUACAAGCCACUAUCAAGACCGGCGACGACUGCAUCUCGAUCGGGCCCCACACAACCAAUCUCUGGAUCGAGCGCGUCAUAUGCGGGCCCGGUCAUGGGAUAAGUAUUGGGAGCUUAGGAAAAGAUCAAGGAGGAGCUGAAGCGGGAGGUGUCUCGAACGUAACGGUGACGACGACCGUGUUCUCGGGUACACAAAACGGGCUUCGGAUCAAAACAUGGGGCACAAGUGUACCAGGUUAUGUGAGAGACGUGGUUUUCACUAAUGCCGUGAUGAACAACGUCGAGAACCCGAUAAUCAUCGACCAGAACUAUUGUCCCAACAGCAAAGGUUGCCCUAACCAGAGCUCGAACAUCAAGAUCAGCGACGUGACGUACUCGGACAUCCACGGGACGUCUGCGACCCCCGUCGCGGUGAACUUCGACUGCAGCUCGAGCAACCCGUGCAGCGGGAUCAGUCUGCAAGACAUUAAGCUCACGUAUCCGGUCCAGCGCGCGCAAUCGUAUUGCAAACAUGCUUAUGGAACCUCAUCUGGAUUUGUAGUUCCCCCAACUCCUCUAAACCCCGCAAGCGUCUCCUUCUCCACUUUCCCCCAAAAACUCGAUCGCGCAACAAUGGCGGAGGCCGCGGAGGUGAGCAACACGAAGGUGGUGUUCAAGGGCUUCAUCGAGGGGGCCCCGAAGGAGGAGGACAUGGAGGUGGCGGUGGGCGCGGCGGCGCUCAAGGUCCCCGCAGCGGCGGCGGCGGCGGCGGAGGGGGGCGGCGCCGUGCUCGUGAAGAACCUCUACCUCUCGUGCGAUCCCUACAUGCGUGGGAGGAUGAGGGAGAACUACAACUCCUACAUCCCCCCCUUCCAACCCGGAUCGGUCGUAGAAGGCUUCGGGGUGUCUAGAGUAGUCGACUCCACUAAUCCAAAUUUCCGUGUUGGCGACUUGGUUUCGGGACUUACUGGUUGGGAAGAAUAUAGUUUAGUUCUAAAGGCCGACCAGCUGAGGAAAAUCCAAGUCGACGAUGUUCCUCUCUCUUAUCAUGUCGGUCUUCUUGGUAUGCCGGGCUUUACAGCUUAUGCUGGCUUCUAUGAGGUUUGUUCCCCAAAGAAAGGUGAUUUUGUUUUCGUCUCGGCUGCCUCAGGAGCCGUUGGCCAGCUUGUCGGUCAGCUCGCAAAGCUCCACGGCUGUUAUGUAGUUGGAAGUGCCGGCACUAACGAGAAGGUUGAACUUCUGAAAAACAAGCUUGGAUUCGAUGAAGCUUUCAACUACAAGGAGUCCGACUUGAAUUUAGCCUUAAAGCGCUACUUUCCGCACGGCAUCGACAUCUACUUCGAUAAUGUAGGAGGAGAAAUGCUCGACGCAGCGCUGCUGAACAUGAGGCUGCACGGCCGGAUAGCCGUGUGCGGGAUGAUCUCGUACCACGGGGCCUCCGAAACCACGGGGAUCCGCAACCUCUUCUGCCUCAUAACGAAGCGCGUGAGGAUGCAGGGCUUCCUCCAGAGCGACUACCUCCAUUUGCUCCCCGAAUUCUUAGAUCGAAUGGCCGGGUACUACCGCGAAGGAAAGAUCGUCUACAUAGAGGACAUGAGCCAUGGACUGGAGAAUGCGCCGGCCGCCUUCGUCGGGCUGUUUUCCGGCAAGAAUGUCGGCAAAAAGGUUGUUUGCGUCUCACGGGAGUAGAGCUUUGUUUAUGUUGUAAAAAGCGACAAUCGUAAAGUGCGCAAUCGAAGUUCAAACUCAUCAUUGCUCAGAUUGUUAAAUGUAUGUUGUUCCGAAGUUUGGAUCUAUGUCUUUAUAAACUCUCGAAAAUAGUUUAUAUACAUUUGCGCAAAUGCUCCUUCGCUCAA